GAGAAGUUGGAGGAGAGAGUGAGAGACAGAGACGGAAAGACGGGGAGCUGGGGAUUGAGUGUUACCGUCGCUGUUGUCACAUAUUUAAUCACAGACUUCACUGCUCAUCUUUGGAUUGUUAAAUCACACCCGGGCGAGUUUCUCCCCCCUUUCCGUUUCUCUCCGUUUUGCACAUUUUGUUGACGCGCAGCCACAGGUUGGCCCGAUUUUAAUCCAGUCACCAGUGGAUUAUUCCUCCUCAUCAUCAUCUUCUCCCUGAAGCGGGAUAGAAAUGGGUACCGCCGAGAGAUACGCGAUGGUCGUUUUGGGGGAAACAAACUGAACAUUCAAAGUAAGGAGGGGGAGGGGGGAGACAUUCAUUCAUUCUGCGAAGAAGCGACGCGCAAAUUUUGUCUGUCUUUUGGUGAGACGAGGACCUGUGGAGGGGCUGAGAGGAGACGGAGCGGAAAAAAAGAUCAGGGGGAUGGCUCUGACAACAUGAGAAAGAAAAAGUGUGGUGGUCCUGUUUUUCAACCAGCCAGUGAUUGAACGCACCUAACCUGGGGGGCAAGGACCGUGGGAGAAGAGGUCGGAGGUAGUCAGGUGCUUGACCACAGCUCUGACUAUGGAGCCUCCCCCUUCUCUGAGCUUGGCUCUGCUAGGAGGGAGCGAGGAUGAGGACCAGCGCUUCCUCCUUCCUCUGGGCAGCAUAUCCCAUCCCUCCACGGCUGGCAACCAGCCAGGAUCGAACCACUCCAACCACACAGGAGCUUCAAGUAUCGAUCGCCUGAAUGGCAGCACCCCAUCGCCGUCCUCCGCCACGCCCAACUUGCCUCCGGCGCCCCUUCCUAAGUUACCUCUGUCCUCCUCUGGAGCCCAGCCUCUGCCUCCGCCCAUCCCCAAUGCCCUGCACCCCACCAGUACCCCACUUUCGUCCUGCCUGGGUUCCCAGCACAGCCUGAGUGGAGACAACUCCCCAGUCUACAAUGCCCUCUUUUACUCCUCCCACUCGCCCUCCAUGGAGCGGGACAGGGACAGAGAGCGUGACAGGGAGAGGGACAGGGGCAGCAAACACAGACAGGCCAGUCCACUUGUCCACCGCAGGGACAGUAACCCCUUCACGGAGAUUGCCAUGAGUUCCUGUAAGUACACAGGUGGGGUCAUGAAGCCCCUGAGCCGCCUCAGCGCCUCCAGGAGAAACCUCAUCGAAUCGGACAGCAGCAGCGAAACCAAAGAGGGUGGCGUUUCGGCUGUUGCCGGGGCAACGGCGACUGGCGGACAUGACAGACAGCGAGACGCCCCUCCCACUUACUCAGAGACCCAGUCAUCUACUCACCAACCCCCUAUCCAGAGCCCCCCAGAGAUUGUGAUCUCGUCCAAAGAAGACUCGCCGUACCCCAGACGAGGGUAUGACAUCACUGACUCCACGUCCAACCAAAUGUCCAUCUACCACCAGAACCACGCACUGGUGGAGAGUAGGCGGGGACAGUCCGAGCGGGGCAGCAGGCAGGGAGGGGUCGGGGCAACGGGCAGUGGGGCCAGGGGCAGCACCUCCAAGGCCCCAAAACGAAAGAACCAAAACAUUGGCUAUAAGUUGGGGCAUCGCAGGGCGCUGUUCGAGAAGAGGAAGAGGCUGAGCGACUACGCCCUCAUCUUCGGGAUGUUUGGCAUCGUGGUCAUGGUGAUUGAGACUGAGCUGUCAUGGGGAGUGUACAACAAGAGCUCCAUGUAUUCUCUGGCCCUGAAGUGUCUGAUCAGCCUCUCCACAGUCAUCCUGCUGGGCCUCAUCAUAGCCUACCACGCACGUGAGGUUCAGCUGUUCGUCAUAGACAACGGGGCGGACGACUGGCGCAUCGCCAUGACUAUGGAGAGGGUUCUGCUAAUAGCCCUGGAGCUGCUGGUGUCUGCCGUGCAUCCUGUGCCUGGGGACUUUAAGUUCCAGUGGCGGGCGCGGCUGGCCUUCUCGUAUGCGCCUUCGCAGGCCGAGGCAGACCUGGACAUGGUGCUGAGCGUGCCCAUGUUCCUGCGCCUCUACCUCAUCGCCAGAGUCAUGCUUCUGCACAGCAAGCUCUUCACCGACGCCUCCUCUAGGAGUAUAGGUGCCCUAAACAAGGUACAUUUUAACACGAGGUUUGUAAUGAAAACCCUCAUGACCAUCUGCCCCGGGACGGUGCUGCUGGUCUUCAGCAUCUCUCUGUGGAUCAUCGCUGCCUGGACUGUACGAGUGUGUGAGAGGUACCAUGAUGCUCAGGAUGUGACCAGUAACUUCCUGGGAGCGAUGUGGCUUAUCUCUAUCACUUUCCUUUCCAUCGGCUAUGGAGACAUGGUUCCUCACACCUACUGUGGCAAAGGAGUCUGUCUCCUCACAGGCAUCAUGGGUGCGGGAUGCACGGCUCUGGUGGUUGCUGUGGUAGCCAGGAAGCUGGAGCUGACCAAGGCUGAGAAACACGUGCACAACUUCAUGAUGGAUACACAGCUCACCAAGAGGAUAAAGAACGCAGCGGCUAAUGUGCUGAGGGAGACUUGGCUCAUCUACAAGCACACCAAGCUGAUGAAGAAGAUCGACCACUCCAGGGUCCGCAAACACCAGCGGAAGUUCCUGCAGGCCAUACAUCAAUUACGCAGCGUCAAAAUGGAGCAGAGGAAACUCAGUGAUCAGGCCAACACACUAGUGGACCUCUCCAAGAUGCAGAGCGUCAUGUACGAGCUCAUGUCAGAGCUCAACGACCGCAGCGAGGACUUGGAGCGACAGAUGCUGUCCCUGGAGCAGCGGGUGGAGCAGCUCACAGCGGGCUUCAACGCCCUGCCUGCACACCUCUCUGCAACCCUCAGCGCCCAGCACGCCGCCCUGGUUCACCUGCUCCGAGAGAGGGACGCACGGGACGGCAGAGUGGGAGGAACAGGAAGCGGCGGCGCUGUGGUUCCCCUGUCUCCAACUGCCUCCCUAACCACCGCACCGGUUCCUGCCUCCCCAGUUCAGGUUGCAGCUCCUCCAUCAACCCUAGCACAGAUUUCCAGUUUAUCCCUGGAGACCCCGCUGUCGCCCCCACCUGCGAGCCCAGAGGGGAGCCUGGAGGCUAGUCCCAAUCCCAAUACGUGCAGCUCAAGCUGCUGAAAACCGCUCCGAGGAGCAGACGGGGACAAAUGUGGACGCAAAACACGGGGAAGGAAAAGACGUGGAGGCUCUGAUAGUCCUCUCACAUCAGACUAAAGGAGAAAAAUGACGGCAGAGGAGAUACAUUUUUGGAGAUCCUCUGAAUAUUUUUGCUCCGAGAUAACAGGAUGAAGAGGAACAGUAAUGGGACUAAGACGGAGGGCCAGUUUGAGAAAUGAGACGCGUUCAGGACUUUUCUUGACGAUGGAAGGAAGAGAAAAAUGGAGACUCUUAAAGGUGUGAGGGGGAGGGAGGAUGUCACGAGGGUGAGAAAUGGAGGUAAAGAGAAUGGGGAGGUGGGGGAAGAGGGGGAGGGAUGUAGGGAAGAAAUAACCAAGAAUAAUUAUAUGAACUUCUUAAUGGAAUCCACUCCAAUUACGGCAAAGGGCCUUUUAUUCUCUCUAUCUCCUUCUCUGCCUUUUUUAUUUCUCUUCUCCGAAUUUCUCACUCCCUUCAUCAGGAAUAAUGACCAUGACUUUUUAUCUUUAUGAUGUAUUUUCUAUCUGAACGCUUAUCAUGUGUUAACAAGCAUCCCUUUAACAGAAGGUUCGAUCAAUACGACCACAAUAUAAAAAAAAAAAAUAGCAGAAUGCACCGCACACAUAUACACACAAUACAAGGUAACACAGCACAGACAGAUUUACACAAUGUCUCAUAAUGCACUACUAGCCCAUGAUAAUACUAAAGCCUAUACUGCCAAGCACUCAAUGCACUGUUUAUCUCCAUAGAUCACUGCCAAGCAAUGUAGACACGGCAAAAGAGAGAAAAAUGUUCACCGAAACCGAUUCAUCUCCUGUGGGUAUGAGAGCGUGCAGCAGGUUAGACUUACUACACGCACAGUCGUGGCUUUUAACUGCUUGGCUGGGAGAAUUGCGACCGGUCACUGAGCCGCUCGAAUUUACAGGCGAGGCUGAAGUGAACGGAUAGAGACGCUAGUCGUCAUGGAGUCUAUUUGUGAUGCUUGAGACAGUGGCAGAUGGUGAAAUGAGAUAAAAUAACUACAACAGGGCUUCAUCACCGCACUCACCGGAGUGCAUGGUGAGCGAGACACUUAGCGUUUAGGAGUAAUUGUAGGCUUGCCGUCCUAAAAUGAGACUGUUCACUCAUUUACUAUGUGGUGCACUAUAUAUAAAGUCUGCCAUGGUGCUGUGCUGUUUCAAAGGUUUUCCUAACACAAUAUUGACAUUUUUCCUCUCGACGAGCUUGCUCUGUUGGUAAAGGUUCCUCUGUUGUCGAGCUUAAGCCCCAUUAAUUUCUACGAACCGCUUUGUUAUUCACAGUUUGCCAAAGACAGUUUCUACUCAGAGUUUCCAAAACGUUAAACCAGAAGACUAAAACUUGAGUGCUGGUCAUUUUGCCCUCUUUGCCAUUUCAUAACUUUGCUGGUUUUGGUUGCUUUUGUACCUAAUGGGUACAAAUGGUGCCAUGUACCAGCACAUUUCAUACCCAUGUUUCAUGUUCACUUUAACAACAAGAAACCGAAAGCAAUUGUCCAAAUUUUCCUCACAGUCUGUCGCUUUGUCCUCUCCGUAGUGAACACAAGAUAGUGACUGAGUGAACAUUUGUAACACGAUUGUUUUUUGUAGACAAGCCACAGAAAAGAGAAGAUUAAUAAUGAGUUUUAACAAGUGCAUUAAUUUUUCUGAUUGUCGUUGGAAGAAGGAGCCAAAUCUUUAUCGAAUCAGAAUUUAAACCAGUUAUUUUUACGUGUAGUUGAUUUAUUUACUGGUGCCAGAUCUCGUUUUAAUAAUUUAGCUUCCAGUUCUUACGCCAACCAGGAAUUAUUACUUUAUUUUCCCAAACCAAAUGAGACACUGGAGUGCAUUUUGUUUAUUUUCUUCAUUUUUUUAUCAUCCAGAAAAACAUACCUAGAGUUAUCUAAAUGUUGCCUUUACAUUAAUAAUUGUGCUCACUUGUACCAAUGCAAAACUGAUUUAUCUAUAUAAUUCUUAGUUGGCAUCUUUAUAGUAAUUUUUGUGCAUGGCUCUGUCCAUGAUUGUCCAUUCUCUUUUUUUUUUCCGGUACCAAAACAGCUCACUUUUAUUAUGAAUGUAUUCUGUUAGAAGACAAAACACUGAGAAAUACAUCUUUGUUCGCUUGCUUUGUCAUUUAAACUGCCACGCAAACACACACACACACAUACACACACACACACACACACACAUGCAUAUAUUUAUAUAGAUAUCUCUAUAUAUCUAUAUAUAAAUGUUCACACAUACACACACCUUAACAACCAAAGUGCUCUCUCUUAAAUGGACUUCAAAGAGGCAGGAAAAGCUGCUUGUCACUUGGGACAAAAGAGGAACAGGCAGAAAUCCUGACACUAUUUCUGAGGGAAUAACUGUGAAAAAAAAAAUGGGAAUGGACUUGUUGAAGUGGACUGCUCUUGAGGGAGGAGGACUGUGGAUGAACAUAAGGGAUCACAAACAAACCUUACAAAGGAUCAAUGGCCAUGAAGGAACAUCUGUUAGUGAAGUUUAUAUCUGAGAGGGGAAUUAUGCUGGUAAGUCGGGAAGAAGAGACAAGCCUACCUUCGCUUUUGGAGAUAACACUGAAAACUAUCUUAUAGUGACAUGCUGUGGCCGGAAUACUGAAUUACACGCGCUUGGAAUAUUGUACAGUAUGCUCUUAACAAAUUCUAGCUUUCUAUUGCUUAGUCUUUUCUACCAUUAUGAUUAAAUACAGUUACAGCUGAUAUCUUACACUAUAAAACCAUAGUAUUCUUCUCAUUCGUCAUGACAGUUAUAAUAAAUGUACCAUCAAUACGUUAAAUAAUUAUGAACAAGGAAAGUGCCGUUUGAGGUUGAAAUUAUUUUGUAAUUUUAUUUUAUCAGAGAGAAUUAAUAAAGUAUAUAUCUAUAACA